UACUACUUGUCUUUUUUAGUUUAUUUAAUUACGUUACUUUUUAAAAUGACAAAUACUGUAGAAAGUAUGCAGCCAUCUACUAGUGGUGCAGUGCACACAUCAUCCACGCCUCGGAAAGGAUGCCAAAGUUUUAGUUUAAAUGUUGAUCAUCCUCUCACAGGAGAACCCGACGACUCAUUAGAUGAAUUAUUACAUGUACUUUGGACUGUUUCUGCUGUAUCUGUUUUAUUUAACUUCCACCAAGAUCGAGUGCACUUAAAACAGUAUGCGAAGCGAUUGAGAGAAGAGGUUGCUAACAGCUUGGCACAGGAGAAUGUCGUAUAUAAUGCAGAAGUCUCUGUUAUGAAAAAUAAGACAUCAGACUCAUUGGAUUCACCACCAAUAAAGAUCGAAGUUUACAGUAAAACUAACGGGACCACGGAAGGCCCAGGCAAAUGCAUUUAUAAAGGAAUAUUGUUAUCUUGUAAGAACAGUAGUCAGAAAUUAGGAAUACGUAACGCUGUAAGAUUGCCUCUUUUGCUAUGUCGUGGUACGAGAGGUGCUAUGGGAAUUGUUCAUAAAGUGCUGAAACAUAUGUUUGAUUGCUUGAUCACCGCGUUGCCAAUUGGAGAGGACGAUUUAAUGUGGCUUGUACCGAUCAUCAUUUAUCCGACUCACGAACUAUAUCCAAAGAGUACAGACGAGCUUCAGAUGGAAUACAGAAUACCGGAACUGGCAGAUAGAGAUAGCAUCGUAAUAAAAUUCAAAAUUGAGGAUGUAAUAAAAAUAUUAAAAGUAAUUGUAGAUCUGAAUAAAAAUGUAACGGCUACCGGAGUUACGUUUACUUUAGAUCACAUAGAAAAGUUUCGCGAAGUUUUGUACACCGAAAUGCUAGGAUGUGCUAGGUUGCAAUUGGGAUUGUGUACAUUGCAUAAAAUUACUCUUCCCGGAGUUACACUGGUGGGAAACAAGAUGAAAUCGGUGAAACCAGGUACUAUGAAUCGUAUUCUGUUGUACAUGAACGAUAAAGCCUUCGAUACGCUCCACGCAAUGAACAUUGAUAUUUAGCUUUUGUAUUAUAAUCUAAG